CACACACACACACAAAUGUGCAUACCACACCCUCACACACCAAUGCCAUUGUUCUGGGAGCUGGCAGGCGGCUCACUGUCGGCCACAAUGGGCGGCAGGAACUCGCUGGGAGAGGUCCACGGGGGGUCUGACGAGCUCUUGGUUGUGUUAUGCAGCCCUCCAGCCGCCUUGGGCGAGCCACUGUUGCUGCUGCGGACCUUGUAGACGCCGUCUCGCCCGCUGCGGUCCUUGGUGGCGCCCAUGGGCACCCCUGACGCACGGUGGGGGAACAUCUUCUCGUACAAGUGCACCUGCAUACACGCAUCGAUGGUAUGACACAGAGGGGUGCGUGGGUGUCUGUCUGUCUGUGUCUCGGCCACCCAUCAUAUUCACCAGGACUGUUUCCGAUGAGAGGAGGAGUUCGAUUGCCUUACGGCGGUCAGCCGUGGUGAAGCUGUCCAAAGGGAUGGACCCCGCCUCUGCUCUCAUCGCAUCCAUGAAUCAAUCACCCAACACAUGCCAACACGAGACAGACACAUUGUGCGUGUGGUGUGCAUUGUGACGUUGUCUAUGACGUGACUGACACCUCCGCACCUUCAGGUCUGGGCGACUUGUCCGUGUCUGCGGCAGCCCCCUCUUUGCUGGUGGAGCUGUCGAUGGACUUCUGCAGCAGCUGCGUGUGGUACUGACGGGCCCUGUGUCUGCGGCGGGAUAUCUCGCGACGCACCUCAUCGAUGCACUUGAGGAAAAAUUCCUCCAACUCUGAACGUUCUCCGUACGCGUGAGACGCAGAUGUACGCAGAGUCCUGCAGUGCAGCCCAGCCACACACAUGUUACGUUCGUACAUAUCCCAAUCACGAAUCGAAUCGCAUGCCGCGCCGCGCCGCGAGACGACCCCCCCCCCUGAGCUGACCUGAUGGUUUUCUUUUGUUUCUCCACUUGUGCCUUGAGUUUGUUGAUCUGCUCCACGUACCGCCCCUCCAGCUCCUCACCCGCCGCACCCAUGCCCAUGCCCAUGCCCAUGCCGAUCCCGUCCUCGCCAACAUAGGUCGCCCCGCGCCCCUCAUCGAUCGUCUCGUGCACUACCGGGCCCACCAGUUUGGUGGACAUCGAAGGGGCGGAAGCUCCGCGGUCUUGAGUGUCUUCUCGUGGGCGUGUGGACACAGCAGGGAGAGACGCUGGCGGCUGGUGAGUGUCCGCACCGCCCGUCAAUGCCGGUGCAGGUGGGCUGGUCUGGCUCAGGACAAGUGCGUGGUAUGCGUUGUUCUGGGCCCUCUCGACGGCGGCCUUGAGGACUUUGUUUUGCCUCUUGGAUCCCUUGAUUUGGUCCUCCAGGAAGCGUCGGUCCUCCUCGAGUGCCUCAGCCUUGGCCUUCCACUUGUCGACGUCACGCUUGUAGCUCUUGCACAGCUCAUCCAGACGCAACGCCUCAGUCAUGAACCACCUGCAAUGCAACCGACAGACAAGGAGGACUCGUGGGAUCCAUCCAUCCAUCCAUCCAUCUGUGCUGUCUUGUCGGCCGGUGUGACUCACUCACUCUAGUUCUUUUUCGAGUGACUUGAUGCGCGUGUCUCGUCUGGUCUUGGCCUCCUCGAUGUCGGCCUUCUGCUUGAGCGCCUUGAACUCCUUCUGAACCGAAUACAUGUGGGUCUUGUACGCCAGGAAAAAGUCAUUCUCGUGGUCCUCCAGCAACUUCUCCACCCUGCAAUGCAUCCAGCCAAACAACCAGACACAAGCAACCAACCAAUCAACUCAUACAAACACAAGCAAGGCAUGCGCAUGCAUGAAUGGAUGGCCUCGGUGCCAACGGUGGUACAUAUUGCUCUCCCUGCCUGACCUGUCAUCGAGUGUCCUGACGAGUUCGUUCAGGUCGCCAUAGAGGUCAAGAAUCUUGGUGCCGCCCUUGACGCUGUCGAGGAUGGAACGGCGCCUCGUGGCGGGGUCAUCCUCGGGCCGCAGGUUGACGGCCGUGAGGAACUUGAACCCGCCCUCCUGACUUGCACCCGGCUGGACGCCAGAUGGGUCCUCUACUCCAACAUCACUCGACAUGGCUGACGAGUUCCCAAAUGACGUGGGGCGGUACAAGGGCCGCCUGUUCGCUUGGUGUAGAAUGAAAUUUGAUGCCGGGUUCGGAG